UCUGUGUUCAACGGAUUUCCUAGAGAGAGAAAGAGAAGUGAGAGAGAGCGGGGGAGGAGGAGGAUGACGGGGAUGGUAAUGGUGACGAGAGGCGGCGGUUGCGGCGGCGGCGGCGGCAACGGCGGCGUUGUGAGUGGUCGGAGCUCACACGGUGGCUCCGACGAGCAAAACCAGCAGCAGCUCUCGCUGUUGGAUUUUCUCCUGGCGGCGCUGAGGAAGUCGAUGGUGUCGUGCCGGGUGCACCGGCACGAAGAGGUGAUGUCCACCGUUCAUGCCAUGGAGAUCGGGUGGCCCACGAACGUCCAGCACAUCACCCACGUCACUUUCGACCGCUUUCAUGGCUUUCUGGGCCUUCCUGUUGAGUUCGAAGUUGAAAUCCCCUGUAGAGUUCCCAGUGCAAGCGUGAGUGUCUUUGGUGUCUCAGCAGAAUCAAUGCAGUGCUCAUAUGAUACCAGGGGCAAUAGUGUCCCGACCAUUCUCUUGUUGAUGCAAGAACGUUUGUAUACGCAAGAUGGUCUGAAGGCAGAAGGCAUUUUCAGAAUAAACCCGGAGAAUAGCCAGGAGGAGCAUGUAAGGGACCAACUAAAUAGAGGCAUUGUGCCAGUUGACAUUGAUGUACAUUGUUUAGCGGGUCUUAUCAAAGCCUGGUUUCGUGAGCUCCCAUCAGGUGUGCUAGAUGGACUUUCUCCUGAGCAGGUUUUGCAAUGCAAUACGGAGGAGCAGUUUGUUGAGCUAGUGAAACAAUUAAAACCAACUGAAACUGCAUUGCUCAAUUGGGCAAUUGAUCUAAUGGCUGACGUAGUUGAGCAAGAGGAAUUCAACAAAAUGAAUGCCCGAAAUAUCGCUAUGGUUUUUGCUCCAAAUAUGACUCAGAUGUCUGAUCCACUGACCGCCUUAAUGCACGCUGUCCAAGUGAUGAAUUUGCUGAAGACCAUGAUAACAAAAACCCUGCGAGAGCGUGUGGAGGCAUCGGGAGGAUACUCGCCCAUGUCAUCUCAUUCAUCUGAUGGGGGGCAAACUGAUCAGGACUGUGACACGCAACAAGAAGUCGAGAGUAGCUGUGGAUCAGCAGGACCAGCAUCAGACGACGAUGAGCAACCUCACUAUGGCUACAGCAGCGAAGACCGAGACGAAGUUGAGUCAUUGAGCGAGAUAGAAGACUGCUUCUUGCGACAAUUGGACGAGAAUGAGAGCGCAAAGAAUGGAUUCCGGAAACAGCUCGAAGGAAUCUUGUGCAGAGAUCUUGUUAGUCCCAGCAAUGGCCCAACCUUGAUGAUUUGCAACUCUUCUUUUUCGUUUUCUGAUAGUAAAGUGGGGAGUUCCGGUUUGAGCACAAGUGACGGGGAGGAGGACUCACGAGCAAGUUCCGUGGCACUGGGGCCUAAGGUUGAUGUGCACAGAUUACCCGAAGUCUGUAGAAGCUCUAACGAAGACAACACGAUAGAAUCUACUGGUGCAGUACAGCCAGAGUGCUCCUAAUGUAACUGUGUGAUCACUAGUAUUUAGGAUUUUUUUUACCCCUCUACCAUUCACAAAUAUACUGUUGGUAGUGAACUAACGGUUGAUAUUGUAAAUUGGCUGGCAUGACCUGCUUUGCUUGUGAUUGAUCAUCUGAUGGUGCAUAGGGUUCAGUUUAGGGCUGAACUUGUAUGUGUAAUGUGUUAGUUAUUCUUCAUUUUCAGUUUAGGGCUGAACUUGUAUGUGUUAGCUAAUCAUCAUUUUGAGUAACAAAGGAUUUCUAUGCUCAAACUGAAUAUCUUUGAUUUAUAGCCAAUUAAAUUUGAACCA